AGCGUGGGCAAUAUCCACGACUGAGGAAACAGCCACAACAAACAACAACCCAACCAACUUUAGAAGCCAAACAAACCAAAACCACUUCACCCAACACACAACACAAUUGCAAGCGACGCAACGACAAAUUGGAAGAGAGCAAUGGAGGAUGGAAGCAAUCCGCCCUACUUGGCGGUUCUCCGCCAUUCGGUCCGCUUGGACAUGGUUGAAGAAGACGGGGAAGAUGAUGUACCGUGGCCCGAUCGACAAGAGCGACCAUGGGAUACCCCCAUUACGGAUUACGAUCUUCCCCGAACAGUUUUGAAAGCGGCGUUGCCACAGAACCACGAGAUUACGGCCAUCUAUUCAUCGCCCUUUCGACGCUGUUUGCAAACCGCCGCCGUUGCUGCUCUGCAUUUGGACAUUGCACAGAUCUUGGUGCAUCGUGGAUUAGGUGAAGUCAUGGGGUGUGUGCGGAACCUCCAGAACGGCGACAAGCAAGAAGACGACUAUUUGAUGACAGGAAAAGACUGCGAACAGACGGUCCAACUGGCCAGUGGAGGAAAGGUCACCAUGAAGAGCUCCUUUCUUAAAGAUACCACCACUCCGCCGUGGAAUGAAACCUAUUCACAAUCCGCAAUGCGCCUUGGAAGGAUUCUUCGGGAACUCCAACGGAAACAUGCUGCCAUGAAACAGAGCGUUUUGGUGGUAACUCACGGCGACGCCCUGGAAGCCGCGGCGCGAGCGUUUCUUGGCCCGCCAGUGGACGGUGUCUAUGACUUGGACUUUUGUGCCAUGAUGGUGUUGGACGCCAACCAGAAGCUGGUGUCUCAUCACGGGCUAAAACUGUUAGAGUUGUAAUCAAACAUCAUUGGUUGGAAAAACUGGGAGAGUGGGAGAGCGCUUGAUCACAACCAAUAUAUAGUUUAUCACAGCCAAUGCUUGCGCGGUAAUCUUUCGCCGGUAUACGAUGUUUUGAAUUGGAUAGCUGCCUAUGUGGGGUGUGGGUAUGAAAGUAACAGUAUCACAGCGUCGCAUGUACCUAGCUCAUUGCUCAUCAACAUAAACGCCGACAAGUACAUGUACUGUUACAUCUAUCUACCGGUAUCUAUCUCGUACAGUCGCA